UAGGAAUGUAAUAUAAUUACAUAAAUCUAAUAAAAUAAAACAAAUCCAUCUAUUCAUACAUCAACAUGAAUUUAUCAGCGGAUGCGCGUUACUGUCUCUUUAAAAAUCCAGAUGAAUGACGUCAGAUAUUUUGACAGGACAACGGAGAGGAGAGGAGAAACAGGAUCCGCCGCUGACAACAACAACAAACACAAAGAUGUCUCGAGAAACGCCGAGUCCCGGUCGGUGAGAUGCCGGUAACGGAGCGGAGAGGAUGCGGCGCGUGGUCGAGCUGCUGGCGCGUGCUGCUGCUCGCUGCGUCCGCGCUCGUGCUGCUGGCGGAGAGAGCGGCGCUGGUCUGCUGUUUGGGCUUCUACCUGUGGCAGGAGGAGCUGUGUUUGGCCGGAUUGACCUUUGCCCUCAUGUUGCCGGGGUCACUGGUGCAGGUGUUGAGUUUCAGAUGGUACAGGGCCGACGGAGACAAACGUACAGGCCACAAUUUCAUCAUUCACACACUUCACCUGGGCAUCUUCAAAAGGUUUUGGGAUUGCAGUGUGUGUGAAUGGACAGCUCCAGGCUCGUCGCAGUCACAGGAGGUGAUGCAGCAGGCAGACGUGUCUGCUUUGCGUCUGCUGGAGGUUUUGCUGAUGACUCUACCGCAGACGCUUCUGCAGACAUACGCUCUUACCAUUACCGGCUACGGCUUCUCAUCUCCAGUUGCUCUGUGCGGUGUCGUGUGUUUGUUCUCGCUGUCCUGGGCGCUGGUGCUCUACAGUCGGGCCUGUUGCUUGAUCCGUCCUGGGCAUUUGCAGAUGCCGCCAGCGGCGCUCCUGUGCCAGCUGCUGUGGAGGGCAGGCAUGUUAGCUGCCCGCUUCACCAGCCUCGCCCUGUUCACCCGCACCUUCGGCUGCUGGAUCAUCGGGGUCGUGGCGUCUCAUUGGUUGAUGGCUGCGCUGUGGUUGGUCUCCCAGCAGACUGAUAUAUAUGUGGGCCAGUGGUCAUGGCGCGUGUUUAACAUCAUUCUGGGAGGCGUACACAUCUUCCUGUUUCUCAACGUGAAGGACGGACCCUCCCGGUUCCGGAUGGCAGGAUUCUAUACGGUGAUGCUGCUGGAGAAUGUUACACUGAUAUUGGCUGCAUCUGACAUCCUGACUGAUGCAUCAUGGGAUAGCCUGACCGUCCCCACUGCUGUGCUGUGCAGCUUUCUGCUCGGUUUGACAUCCCUGAUGUUGUACUAUCGUUUCCUGCAUCCCAAAUCCACUGAAAUCUCUCAGGGUUUGCAUCAGCGGGCACACAUGGGCCGAGAGUGUCUUCAGCAGGGCAAUUCGUCCUUCUCUCUGGGGGACAAAAGUCUUCCUCUGGCCCCUCUUCCUAUGCUCUUCCCAUCCUCUCAUCCUUCCUUCUCCCUCUCUGGGAUUCCCGGCUCUCUGCUGGAGCAUCCCGGGAGCUGCGGCGUGAAGCCGGAUGGGGAGUGCCGCCACCAUCACUGGUUGCUGAUCCGACUCGCCCUGAAAACCGGUGACCCGGGUAAGAUUAACGGGGCGUAUGGGGCGGGUGGAGUAUCCGGGAUACUGAUGGUGGAUCAGAAGGGAGAAAUUAUAGAAGACGGGUGUGUGUCCACCUCGGAAAGCCGGGACGACACAAUGGCGCCACUGUCCGACUGCAGGGAAGAGUUUGAGAGCGUGAGCGAAGCCAGAGCGGAAGAGGAAGCAGAUGAGGAUGACAGUCUCGAAAUGGAGAGCCCAUUAGAGUCGCCCGUCUCCGAGUGCAAGAGGAGCUCGCCGGAGGGAAAGUCUGUGUUUGGGGACAGUCCUGAACCCAAUUACUGCCCCACCGAAUCCAGCUCCACUUUAUACUUCAGCGCCGACCCACAAUCCCCGAGCAGCUCCAGUAACCCGCGUCUGGACCGCGAGACGGCCUUCGGUUUCGGCUCUGGAACUGGGCUGGAGACUCUGGAUGAGCUGAGCCCCAUUCCCAUAGACGGCGGGCCACACAGGGAUCUCGUCAGGGGGUUUCUGGGCCGAGCGGGGCCCUGCUACACCUCCGCGCCUGGACUAAACGGAGAGAGUUCUGGAAGCCACCUCAGAGGCCCCCGCAGGCAGGUGGUUCUGUCCCGCAGGGGUCCGGAGGAGGACGGUGGGUUUUAACAGUAUGAACUUUAAGGGGCGUUCACACUGACAGCGAUUUUCCAGCGUGAAAGUUUUGAGGCACUGUUGCAACGUGUCUUUAACUUUAUGCAAAUGAGCUUCAAUGGCGUCUACCAAUGAGAGUGAAGAUGAUAGGAGUGAAGGUAAGAUGGAGGAGGAGUUAAUGCUGUUAUGAGCGUUUCACUGUUCUGUGUAAUUUGUCUUUGCCCACAUUCAGGGAUAUAAUUAAAAAAAAAAAAAAUGUGGAAAGCUAUUUAUCUUGUCCAUGAUACGAUUAUACUCUGCUGCAAUUUCUAUACUCUUUCCCCUCCAGAAUGUGAAGUGGCAGGAAAACAGAUUCGUUGUCACGCAAAAUAUAUAUAUAACAUAUAUACACUACUGUUGAAAAGUUUGGGGUCUCUAAGAUUUUUGAAAUGCAUCUCUUCUGCUCACCAAAGCUGCAUUUAUUUGAUCAAAAAUACCAUAAAAACAGU